CUGGUAUGAUAAUCAUACAUACCUGUUUUACCAGUCCCUCUUUUUACCGCACCUCGUCUUUCGGUAAAAGAAGGACUGAUAAAACAGGCAUGAUUUUCAUACCGUCCGUGCUGUGUAUCUCCGGACCUAAGAUACCGUGGGGUUCCCGGGAUCCCCAAAAUUAUGAUCCUUCGAGAAUAAAAAACAUGUUUAGUCUUUUUGUAUCUGUAGUCACUCGAUCUAUACUAAUUAAUUUACAAUUAAUUAUACAUAUACAUAUAGCAAAUUAACUAGAUAUAAAUGUUUUUGAAAGUUUCAAUGUAAAUACUUGAUAUUCUUGGAUAACCUUCUUGCCUUAUUUAUUACUUCAAUAAUUGUAAUACAUACAUGUAAUAAAAUUACAUAUUAGUAAUCAGUUAUGUAUUCCAGCAAUGUUAAAUGAUAACUUUAGGUCUACCAGGAACAUGAUUAUGAUAAUGAUAAAUCGUAGAUAACAAUAAUAGUAAUGUAACAACAUAUGAAAAUGAAUAAAAUUAGGAAAAAAGUUAAAAGUAUAAUACAUAGUAAUGUCUAAUACUAAUAAGAUUUCCCGCCUUCAGGACAAUCACCUUUAUUAUCGACUUGUUCAUCAGAACCUAGAAGAGAGACCCGAUGGAGGGCAGUGUCAAUCGCUGGACAUUUGGCGGCGUGGUGUUCGUCGGGAGACCUACGUUACACUCGUAUAAUAUGAUUCAGUUUUGCCAGCGCUAUUACGGGGUAAGAUUUGCGAACCGUGCUUGAAUAUCUCGAAAAGUGCGUCGCACGUAAGUGCGAAGCGUGAUAUGAAAUAGUGAAUUGAAUCGUAAUUGAAAUGGAUAGGCGAUACUAGCCGCGCGUCAUGGGAUUGUGAAAGAAAUCAAGAGCGCGUAUGAAGGUGGCAGGAAGUAGGAAAAGGGCCAGGGAUACAACGCUCACGCCCGGUUGUCACGACGCCAUGUUUCCCCGAAGUGGUCUACCGAUGUCGAGUGUCCCUUUGAUGAUACUCUGCUUUUUCGUACUUAUCGUCACCGGCCUUGACGAAUCCGGUGUAGAAAAAAUAGAAACAACUGAACCAAAAAAUGAGAACCCAUCGGUACUAGAAAUUACAGCAUCUCAAGCUUUAGAAGGUAUCGAAGCUGGUAGUACACCUUCACUGAUAUGUAAACUUAACGUACCCGGUCAAAUAUGGUGGACUAGCAAUGGAAGAAACCUCACUACUAUUAAAGAUUAUGAUUCUGGAGAACGUUUGGAUAUCAAACAAGCUAGCAGAAAUGAUACAGGAGACUAUAGGUGUUCAGCACAAACUACAGACGGGGAAUUAUUGGAAAAAGAUGUUCAUAUCAGAAUUAUUGAGCCAGGUAAAAUAGCACCUGGAGAGGAUAUUCGAGCAAAAGUAAUGGAGUCAGCUAACUUGACCUGUCACAUGUAUGGUUAUCCAUUAACUCAAUUUGCUUGGUUUAAAGGGAAUGAUUCAGAAAGUACCGAACACUUGAAAGACUUUACCACUAUUACACAGAUAAAUGAGACUUACACCGUCUUAACUUUGGAAUUUUCAAGUUUGACACCUAAAGAUAAUGGAACGUAUAUUUGUAAAGCACGCGACUAUAGCAGCGAAAUUAGUGCCUAUCGACAUCUUUUUGUAAUUGAUGUACCAAAAGUUAGCAUUGAUUUCAUGAAGGCUGUUGGUGCUGGAAGUAUAUUUUUGAAUUGGACUGUAAACGAUGGUAACGAACCUAUCAAAAAAUAUUUUAUUCAACAUAUGAAGAAUGGAACUAAUCAGUAUCAAUAUUAUUCCGAGGAAAUUGGAGGUGGAAAUUCGAGUUACGUUUUAAAAGGUUUUGAAAGUGGUACAGCGUAUCAAAUUGGAAUUAGUGCUGCAAAUGUAGUAGGUACAUCGCAUGUAAGACUUGAUCCACGUUGGAUCACUACACUUGAAAAAGAUCCUAUAUUUGUGCCAAAAGUUUCUGUGAAUGGAGUCACUGAAAAUUCCAUUACAAUAGGCUGGACAUUGCCACCGCCUGAUUUAAAAGAACACGUUCACUAUUACAAUUUAAUGGCUACUCAUGGAGACCAAAAAAGAGAAGCGGUAUAUCCCGCGCAACCACUUACUGUAUACGCGUUUGUUGAUCUCGAUCCCGCUACAAUAUAUAAAUUUAAAAUUGCUGCAUGUAGUGAAUAUACAAAAGAGUGUGGAAAUUGGAGCGCCGAGGUGAAUGGUACUACUUUAGACGGAGUGGCCAGCCCUCCUAAAAAUUUAUCCGUUAGUUGUCGAUUCGAUAAUAUCAGUAGUUCCAGUUUUAUUUCCAUUACAUGGGUUCAUCCAGAAAAGCCAAACGGUGUUAUUACUCGUUACAAUAUACAAUUAACCGGUGUUGCUAAAUUUAAGAAUGACAUGGGUCAUUUAGAUAUUGAUAAUUGGGGGCCGCAGAACCGGAGCGUUCAUAAAAAAGAUAGUGCAAAUUUUAAUCAAAUUCCACCUAAUACAAAUUACACGGUUCGAGUACACGGCGUGACGAGAUCCCGUACACCAGGAAAGGAUGCAAUUGGUAAUUGCACUACGCCGGUUACCAUUCCAGACAGAGAUAGUUUAAAUAUGCGAUCAUGGCGAAAAAUUGAGAAUCAAGGUAGACAGUUAUUUAAAUUGUACCUUCCGCGUAUAACGGAAAGAAAUGGUCCAAUAUGUUGCUAUCGAGUAUAUCUGGUAAAAUUAGCACCCCAGAAAAGUGUUACCGAUUUACCACCACCUGAAGAAAUUGGUGUUUAUUCAUAUCAGUAUGCGCAUAAUUCACCUUCUGGCGGCGCUUACAUGGCUGAAAUGUUUGAUAGUGAUCAAUUGAUAUCAGAGAUUUUCCUCGGUGAUGGCGAAUCAUUUAACGGCAGUACUAUGUGCAAUAAAUGUAUUGGACUUCGGCCAAAAGCCGCUCCACCGGUAUUACAUUUUGUUCCGGAAGUUCAAACAACCGCCUCAACACCCAAUACGACAGUUACAACAAUUGCAACAACGCCGGUAACAACUACUACUACUACUACUACCACCACUACUACUACUACUACUACUACUACUACUACAACUUCUACCUCGCCGACAACUACCACUAUCCAAGGAAUAGAAACGACUAUUCCGAAUAAAGUAGACAGCAAUUACACAGAGAGUGUAGAAAGAAGAAAAAGGGAGAAUACAGUUAUUCAGAAAACAAAGAACAACGACGGUUCUUCUGAAAUGCCACAAGAUGGUUUUCUCGAUGAAAAAUCAAACUACACUGGUUUUAUCGAAGUUAUCGUGUUUGGAAAUCAAGGAGAUCAGCUUUUACCAGCCUACAGUAAUUACUUUAACCCUCUUUAUGGAGGAUUAGAUCCUGGAUCUAUGGUAUCGGCAGAAGUGACCACGCUUAGCGUAAUUUUACAAAUUUCCAUUGCCCUUAUACUGAUCAUCAUCAUACUUCUUAUUGCGCUUUGUAUACUGCAUAGAUAUACAAAACGUGUUCGGCAAAGAGGAGAAGAAAUUAUAACUUUGAGAAAUAGUUUCAGACAUUUGUGCAGAAGUCUGAGAGGAAGGCAUCAGCUCGUCGCAGCUAGUCCACCGGAUAUGCCUCCUAUUCCAAAAAGCGAAUUGCUUCAGUCUUAUCUUGAACGACACCGGGAUUCCGAUUAUGGCUUUCAGCACGAAUUUGAACUGUUGCCGGAUAGGUUUACGGAUCGUACGACAAGAGCUUCGGAGGCUCGCGAAAAUCUGUACAAAAAUCGUUAUCCAGACAUAAAGUGUUACGAUCAGACAAGAAUAAGACUCGCACAAAUGGAUGGAAUUUGUGGUUCUGAUUAUAUAAAUGCGAACUUCGUUUUGGGAUACAAAGAACGCAAGAAAUUUAUAUGCGCCCAAGGUCCGAUGGAAAAUACUGUUUGCGAUUACUGGAGAAUGAUUUGGGAACAACAUCUUGAACUUAUACUCAUGUUGACAAACCUCGAGGAAUAUUCGAAAACAAAAUGUGCAAAAUAUUGGCCGGACAAAAGGGAAACAAAAAAUUUCGGUGAUAUCACUGUUGAACAUAUUCGAGAAAGAGCUUACUCCGAUUACGUCGUUCGUGAAUUAAAAAUGACACGAUUGGGAGAACGAGAUGCACGUACGAUUGUGCAAUAUCACUUUUUAGUUUGGAAAGAUUUCAUGGCACCGGAACAUCCGCAUGCGAUAUUGAGGUUCAUAAAAAGAGUGAACGAAGCUUACUCGUUAGAGAAGGGGCCAAUAUUAGUACAUUGUAGCGCAGGUGUUGGACGAACAGGGACAUUAGUUGCAUUAGACUCUCUGUUACAGCAACUUGCAGAAGAAGGUCAAGUUUCAAUUUUCAAUACAGUCUGCGAUCUAAGACAUCAGAGAAAUUUCUUAGUGCAAUCAUUGAAACAGUAUAUCUUUAUUUACCGUGCAUUAAUGGAAAUGGCACAAUACGGUGACACCGAAAUUCCAGCAUCUCAGCUUAAAGCUGCAGUCGCGAAAUUGAGACAAAGAGAUAACGGUAAAGAGAAAUGUAGAAUGGAAGAGGAGUAUGAUAAAAUUAACUCUGUGUUAGAAGAUAGAAAAUCAUUUUCCGUGGGCGGUGGGGAAGAAAACAAGAGUAAGAACAGAAGCGAAUUGAUAAUACCGUACGAUAGAAAUCGAGUAAUUCUUACACCUGUUCCGGGUAGAGAACAUUCUACUUACAUAAACGCCUCAUUUAUUGAGGGCUAUGACAAUUCUGAAUCGUUUGUUAUUACUCAAGACCCAUUGGAGACUACUAUAGCAGAUUUCUGGCGAAUGAUCUCAGAACAAUGCAUCUCAACAAUAGUAAUGUUAUCUGAUUUGAACGAAGGUCCACGUAAGUGUCCACGAUAUUGGCCCGAUGAUGAAACUGUAUAUGACCAUAUAAGAGUUAGAUAUAUUCAAAGCGAGAGCUGUCCGUACUAUACUCGUCGUGAAUUUUGCGUUUCUAACACGAAAACUGACGAAAAUGUUGUUGUGACUCAAUAUCAGUAUCAUGGUUGGCCGACAGUAGAAGGAGAAGUACCUGAAGUGACACGCGGUCUCAUUGAACUUGUAAACCAAACUCUUACAAAUGACACAGAAUCGAGCGGUUCAUUAGUUGUACACUGCAGUUAUGGAUCUGAUAGGAGCUCUAUGUUCGUCGCCCUUAGCAUAUUGGUACAGCAAUUAAGGACUGAAAAACGCGUAGAUAUCUUUACAACAACGAAAAAGCUACGUUCUCAAAGACAUGGAAUGAUCAGCACUUUUGCACAAUAUGAAUUUUUGCAUCGUGCUAUCGUUAAUUAUUCGGAUCUUCAUAAUUUAGCCGACGAUGAACCACCAGCCUCUUAAUACCAAGAUACAUAAUGCUGGAAUACCAUAAUAAUAUUUGAUGAAUGUGUGCGUAAAGACAAUUAACGUUCAAACAAACAAGUGAAAAACGUAUAAAUGCUCAAAGGAACUUUAUAUUGGGCCAACCAAAGAAAUUAUUAAUAUAUUGGUGAACAAGUAUAUCAUGAAGUUAGACUGACGCAUAUGGGUGCAAAUGAAAAUAGCAACUUUUGAUAUUUCGAGCACAGACUACCAAAUUAUGUGUACUAAAAAGGAAAAACCUAUUACACGGAUUAUGCAGUAAAUAUUUCACAUUGACAAAUCGCAUUAUGAUUAAACUAAAUGCAUAAUUGUUUCGAUGUAAUUGACAAAUUAAUCGGUUGGUUAAUUGUUACCAAGUGCAGUACAGUGAUGACUUUCGUGAUACCAUGCUUUCAACAACGUUGUGAAUUUAUCUCAAUGAUUUAUUUUUAUCGAUAAUAUCAAGGAAAGGAAAAGAAAAUAGUGUAUCAAAAAUUUUUGUGAUUGAAAUGGAACAUUUGAGGAAAGCACUAAUGCAACAAAAUUUUGUACCAGCUUGAUAUUCCUAUCUCCUAAGCGUUAGAAUGAAAGUAAUUUGGUAAUCUUAACGUUGCGUGUUUUAUCGCACAUUCACUUACAAACAGAGUAACUGUUUGACUGUAACUGAUAAAAAAAGCUCAUUAAGUUUUGUAAUUAUCAAGCGUAACAUUAUCGAAACGUGAGUGGUCGAAUUUCGCCCAGUUUAUGUGCGUUUACUGCAUGAUGUUGAAAUAUCGAUAUUUUACGAUAUCACCGAUUUUGACCGAUACGAUGUACGUAUUAUGUAUUACCUUUUCAUUCAGUGUAAUUACCGGUUAGCAUUACAAAAUCACGUGUAGCGACUUUUGCUUUUUAAAUUGCACAACACUUUUGCAAAAAGACAGUUACGUUUUUACGGAUAUAUACAGGGUGACCGAAACACAACAAUUAUUAAAAGAAAAAAUGUUGAGAAAUAAUGAAACUUUAAUCUUGACUAUCUAUUAAUGUAAAACAGUAAAAAAAAGAUCCAUUUAUAAAUUAAAAUCGGGCACCCUAUAUAUGCACGUUGUUUUAUAUUUCUAAUAACUUUGCUCGGCUGCGAAGUCGUAACUACGAGUAAAACAAACUCGAACGACACGCUAGAAGAAUACUACAGAAAAAUAUUACCGAAAGUAUUCAUUAUGAUUAGUUUAUUAUCGUUGCGACUUUGUAUCAACUUUUAAUGAAAUUGCUUACUCCAUAAACGUAGCAAUAAAAAAAAAAAUAUAUAUAUAUAUAUUACCUUAUAUUAUCAGUGACGUGUAUAGACUUGUUAAAUUAAUGUUACUUAUUUGAUGAUUAUCAUCAAAUAGACAUAACGUGUCGUACUACAUGUUAUGUACAAACACGUAGGUUUCGUUAAGGCUCUAUGUAAAAAAAAAAAAAAAAAAAAUGUGCUAUGAAUCGUCGUGAUUUAACAUUUAGUGUACUGAAAUUUUAAUUUAUGCUUACAAUGUAUAUUUUAAAUAAUUUGCAUACUUCGAACGAUAGAGCAUGCGAGUCUGAGUUCACUUCUGGCUCCAUUUGAAAUCUUUCAUGUACCAAUACUCAACUUUAUACGAUAAAUUCGGAAAACAAAGUACAUUUCGGCCUAUUUUUUCAAAUGAAAAUUAUACCGAAAUAGUUAUUUAUACGUAUUGCACAAAAGAAAUGAUUACAAAAAUAUGAUAUUAAUAAUCAUGCAAAAGUAUUAGAGGUUAACGCGCAAACAUCUUGAUAAUCUUUUGCUAAGAUCAAUUAUACACCAUUAUAUUCCGAGACAAGAAAGAUUUCUGUCGAACGUGGUUUUUUAGAUUAACAUAUUAAGCACUAACCUGGUAGCGUAUCCUUUUGUUUUGUAUAUAAAUAUACCUUUUAACGUAUUUUUUAACUAACCGCGUUUGAAUUUACGUCGAAUUUAACACUGAAACGGGGUUCGCCGCUUUAAAUUUCGCAUCCACCGUGUUGAACGGUGCUGAAACAACCGGAAAUGGUUCGCGUAGUGACUGUAAUUGCGCGCGCGCAUCCGCGAACAAUGAUACGCGCCAAAGUUCAAAUUGGCAAUUACCAUAUGCUCUAAAAACAGGGCCUAUCGCCGCCGUCUCCAACGAUACUAGUUGUCUACGACAAACAAGACUUUUGUAAAUUACUUUAAACAUUAAGGAGAAUAAGAUAGAACCACCGCCGCAUAUUACAUUACUACAUUAUGUUUAUAUAUAACGAGGAAUUAAGGUUAAAUUACGUAUAGUAUUAGAUUUUGUAUGAUAUUCACUUUAAAGAGAAGAAAUUAUGCUAAAGAUAAAGAUAUAUGUAUUAUAUCUAUGAAAUUACGUGUAAUGACAAUUACUGAUGAAUGACAAAAUUAUUGUAGCGACGUUGAUCAUUGAAUCAUCUUUUUUGUAUGAAAAGAAGGAAAAAGAGAAUUGUAAAGUGAUAUCGGUAACGGUGCACUCGAUGUGAAAGGAAAUACACGAUAUAAUAACGAA